UGGGACAGAGUAAGGCUAGUUAGUUGUAUUGAUGAAUGUACACUUUUUUACAUGGCACUCAACAGCAUGUAUCCUGGUUAAUGAUGGGAGUUGAGGGACAGUAUAAUGUGCUUGCCUCUAGGCCAAAAUAUUCUGGUUAAAAUUCAUCCUGCUUCAAAUGUGUCAUAACAUGUCUCAACAGAUUAAUUUGGAGGGAAAAAAGCCUGGUUAAUUGAUUAAUCUGUCAAGUCUGAAUUUCUCUUAAUCCUGAGAUUUUUUUUCUUCAAAGCUUUUUGUGCUUGCAGAACUAGCAAUGGAAAGUGUUCGGUAUUGAGCUUAUGUGGCUGGGUGCUUCAAUUCAUUUGAAUCUAUACCCCAUUUCUUUACUGGCUAGUAAAUUGGUUCCUGCUGUACUCAUGAUUGCUGGUGUCCUCAUUUUUUUCAUGGCUGUCUUUGGAUUUGUUGCUGUUUGGAAAGAGGACAGUACUAUGAUGAAAGUGUUUCUGAUUCUGAUGAUUCUGGUCUGCCUUGUGGAAGUAGCUGUUGAGGUGUUUACAUAUGUCUUCAGGAGCCAGGUGUACAACAACAUAACAGAUGGCUUUGAGAAGUCCAUUCGUGGAUACGCAAAAUCUGUUCAUGGACAUGAAAAGUCCAAACUGGAAGGUUUGAUAGAUCAACUGCAGAUAAAGUUUCUUUGUUGUGGCUCUAACAAUUACACCGACUGGUUUAAGACCACGUUUGGGCAGGCAACUUUGUCUGUUCCAGUGAGCUGCUGUAUCAACAUGACUGAGUCUUGUGGGAGAGGUGUUUCCUAUCAAACAGCAAAUAUUUAUACAAUGGGUUGUACUAGAAUGCUGGCAGCAUGGAUUGAAGAAUGUUUUUCAGUUAUUAGAGGAACUGGUGUUGGCUUUACUUUUGCACAGGUUAUUGGGAUAUACACAUCAUACCUGUAUAUCAAGAAGCUUCAAGAUACUUAUGUGCCAGGCUACUGAUACAAGCUUUUAUUCAUAAUUAUUACUGAACAAUUCGGAUUUAAUUUUUUGUCUUUAUCCUCUUCAGACAAUUUAGACUUAUCAAGUGAACACUCAUGUAAUUUGGCAUUGUAGCUGUAUGCUAAAUGUAGUGUAUGCUUCGUGCACAGGAAGUGGUGAAACAAUAUAAUUAACUGUAAUGACUAAUGUGCUAAUAUUUUGAUCAUUGGAGUUUUUGUUUUAAAUUUGUGUUGGGCA